AGAAAGAAAGAAAGAAAGAAAGAAAGAAAGAGAGGAUUGGAAAGCAGAAGAAUGAUGGUCAGAGGGAAAGGUUUUGCAUUCAGGUCGUCUUCAACCAAAGGAGUUGCAAACUCUCUCUAAAGUUUGGUCGGACCUGAAGACGAGAGGGUAGUCCACUGCAAGACACACAGCCCCAAUGUUGACAGUCACCAUGGAUGAACAGGAAGCCCUGAAUUCUAUUAUGAAAGACUUGGCCGCCCUGGGGAAAUGUCGAAGGGUUUCAGAUUAUCAGAGCAGCAAAAAUAAACAGAGCGAGGUCAGGAUCAAGUUCGAGCAAGAAGGGGAAAAGCGGAUCGUGCAGUUCAGUCGGCCUGUGUUGCUCAAGACUGUGUUUCAGAAGGCGACGGAGAUAUUUGGACAGCAAAUGGACUUACAUUUCACUGACAGCGAGUUUCGUAUUCCGCUGCGAUGUCAGAGCGAUCUGGACAGAGCGGUGGAAAACUUGGACCUGAAUUCAACCGCGAAGUGUCUGAGGAUCUCGGUGUCUCCUCGGAAAACCAGCUAUGUGAAUAUCAAAGCCAUGGAGAAGCUUCCGGAAAUCCGCACGGCCAAGUCCAUGGGGGACCUCAUGGGCUCGUUGUACACCUGCGGUGAACGUCAUCGCAAACUCUCCACAGGUUCGCUGCACUCCGGACGGACAUCCCCUCCUCCCGGGAGCAUUCCCGACGGACAGCAACGGAUUGCCCGGCAAGGCUCCUACACCAGCAUCCACAGCGAGGGAGAAUUCAUCCCAGAGAACCCGGAUCUGAACGUGUUGGAGCCUUUCAGCAGUGCAGACACCUCGUUGUCGGGCAGCUGUCAGUCUCUGGACAGAUCCAUCGACAGCCCGUCGUAUAACCAGCCUGGAAUGGGAAAGACAGCCGCGUAUCUGGAAGAUUCCUUCAACUUUCCGGACUUAACGGCAUCGUACUGCGAUCGAGCAGGUAAAGGAGGAACGUACCCACGGCAGUACCUUGUCUCUCACGGUCGCAGGGAUUACAGCAACGGCCGUCAGACCUUCCCGAGGAGCUUCGCGUACCAGGAGAACCUGUUCCAGUUGGUGCCCUCAAGCCGGUCGAUCAGCGUCAGCGGAGACCCCUCUGCUGGGACGCUGCUGUACGAGGACAGCCAGACCCUGCGCUGGGCCAGCGAGGACAAGAACUCCCUCAAACUGCACGAGCGUCACCUCUCCUCCAUCUCACCUCACGCUCCGAUCAACUGGCGUCUGGGCAGGUUCCUGGGCCGCGGGGCGUUUGGGGAGGUUUAUCUCUGCUACGACGCAGACACGGGGAGAGAACUCGCCGUCAAACAGGUGCCCUACGACCCCGACAGCCAGGAAACCAGCAAGGAAGUGAGCGCGUUGGAGUGCGAGAUACAGUUACUGAAGAACCUGAGGCACGAGAGGAUAGUGCAGUAUUACGGCUGCCUGCGGGACACCAUGGAGAGGAAACUCUCCAUCUUCAUGGAGUACAUGCCUGGGGGCUCCGUGAAGGACCAGUUGAAAGCCUAUGGAGCGUUGACCGAGAAGGUGACGAGGAAAUACACCACACAGAUCCUAAAGGGCGUCUCUUAUCUCCACAGCAACAUGAUUGUACAUCGAGAUAUAAAGGGAGCUAACAUUCUCCGGGACUCAGUGGGGAAUGUUAAGCUGGGGGACUUUGGUGCGAGUCGGCGGCUACAGACCAUCUACAUGUCGGGGACGGGGAUGAAGUCGGUGACGGGAACACCGUACUGGAUGAGCCCGGAGGUGAUCAGUGGAGAGGGAUACGGCAGGAAGGCUGACGUGUGGAGUGUGGGCUGCACGGUGGUGGAGAUGUUGACGGAGAAGCCCCCUUGGGCUGAGUUCGAGGCGAUGGCAGCCAUUUUCAAGAUCGCCACACAGCCCACCAGACCCCGCCUGCCUGACACCGUGUCCUCCGCUGGCAGAGACUUCCUCCUACGCAUCUUUAUCGAAGAGAAGCACAGGCCCUCGGCUGACGAGCUCCUCUCUCACCCCUUCGCUCAGUCCGUCCUCUAGCCUCCCACCACCCCACCCCACCCCAC